AUGCAACAAAACGGUGAUAGUAAUUAUAGUGCAUGUACAAACACCAAAAGUCAAAUUAAAAAUAAAGAGAAAAUAUUGGAUGGACCAAUAGGCAACGGUAAAACAGUAGUACAUGUAGAAACGACUAUUUCCACGGCCGCCGGUAAUUUAUCAUCACCAUAUUCUGCAACCACAGCUCUUUCUAAAUUCCUAGAAGAAAAUAACGACCGAGGCGGGAGCGCUGUCGCAGGAUGCAGCAGAAACAACAACAACAUUAAAUCUUCAGCAAAUCAAGGAAAUGCAAAUUCAUAUAAAGGUCCUGGACAUGGACAAGAACAAGAUCUUUCAAAUCAUGUAGUGGUAGGGGAGAUACGUGUAAAUAACAAGAAGCGAUUGGAUGAAAGAAUAAAUAAUACCAAUAAAAACAACAAUGUCCGAGAAAACGUGAAAUUCGACCAAGAAAAAACUCAAUAUGCAGAUAUCGAAAGAGCCGACAGAGAAUUUCGUACUCAAGUUUUUUUAGUCCAUACCUUAAUUUGCGUAAUGUGUUUCCUUAUUGGAAGAUAUGGAUUCUCUGUUGUCUUGAUUUGGAUUUUUAUCUCGCAAUUCAAUUCUUGGUAUAAUAGUCGUACUCGAGACACUAAGCAACGUAUCUCUUGGUACAUUCAACGUGAGCUUGGAUAUGAAAGGCUACGAAAUGGCGAUGGUGAAACUGUUGAAUGGCUAAAUUACAUCAUUCAACAAAUAUGGAGUACUUUUAAUCCGGAAUUGUUAGUCUCAAUUACUGAUAUGCUGGAAGACGCGAUGACUCGUAGUGCACCCAGCUUUGUGACUGCUGCAGUUAUCGAAAGUUUAGAACUUGGAAUAGUAGCUCCCCGCAUUGACAAUAUAACAAUACUUGGACAACGCGAGACUGAAGAUGGGGACGAGACUCUGAUUGGGGAGGCUAGUUUCUCGUUCAUUUCUUCUACAGACAAAAACUCGUCUGCCGCUGAAGUUGCUCCUCCACAUAUAAUUGCGUCGAUCAAAACAGGGCUUAAAGCCUACAUUCCGGUAAAAGUUGAAAUUAUUGGAUUUUCAGGAACGAUUCGUUUCGAGAUUCAGGCCACAGGCACUCCGCCAUUUGUUUCACGUGGCAAAUUUAGUUUGGUUAAUGCACCCACUUACGAAACGAGCAUUGUCAGCUUGGUUCCGAUAAACUUGGCACAGCUUCCGAUUCUUAAGAAUUUUCUCAAGACUAGUGUCAAUACUGCUUUACAUACCGUUACAUAUCCAAGUUCUACAGAUGUUGAUUUGGCUGAGUUACUUAGCGGUGAUGACGUCAAACAUGACACCUCAUCUAUCGGAGUUGUCAAAAUUGAUAUCUACGAAGCAAAAGAUUUGGCAAAAGUGGAUUUAACAGGCGAUAACGAUCCAUACGUUGUCUCAGCUCUCGAGCCAUCUCCAUAUAUACAUUCGGAAAUAACCUCGCGAAUAAUCGAAAAUGAUCCACACCCAAUAUGGAAUGAACAGCAUUUUCACAAAAUACCUGAAAUCGAUGUGCUUUCCGAGCAUGUCAAACUACGUCUGAGUGUAUGGGAUUGGGAUCGAUUUAGUCCGGAUGAUCACAUUGGUUCUGCCUGGUUUGAUUUGAUUGGCACGAUUGGAGAUGGGAAGGAAGAAAAGCUUGUAUUCGAUGGAUGGACAGAUUUAUUUUUGAAUAAUGAUCGGAGAACUAAGCGCGGAUGUCUUCGUUGUCGAAUUCUUUUUUCGCCAAAACUUCCAAAAGAUGCCGUGCCCAAAAAAGAGCAGACUUCCGGAAUUCUCGGUAUCCAAAUCCAGCAAGCAAUGAGUUUACAGGUGACAGCAGCUCCAUACACACAGCCCUCGUCAACGAUACCAUUAUUGGAUCACUUGACAGGCACAACUUUUCCGAAUCCUUAUGCUGUGGUGUUUCUUAAUGAUACGCAAGUAUAUCGAACGAGAGUUAAGUUAAACAAUGUAGCUCCAUACUGGAACGCGUGUACCGAACAAUUUGUGCGUGAUUGGAGUACCGCCACAUUACGAAUAUUGAUUAAGAAUCAACGAGAUCUUGAAUACGACCCGGUGAUUGGCAUUGUCACCGUGUCAUUAAAAGAGCUAUUCGAAUCCAAACAUAGGAAGGAUGUCACAAAGUGGUUUCCGCUACGAGAUGGUGUAGGAUGUGGUAAAGUCCGCUUAAGUUUUCUAUUUAAGCCAGUGACGCUAAAACUAUUGCCAACAGAAAAAGGAUACGAUGUGGGAACAUUAGAAGUGAAGAAUAUAAAGGCGGUAGAAUUAGAUAGAUAUCAUACAUCACGACACUAUUACGUAACACUUGAACUGAAUAUUUCACACACUCAUUCUCACGCGACCGAAUAUUCAUCUGCGAAGCCUCCCUCGUGGUCUGAUGUUGUCUUAUUCCCGAUUUUUGAACGGUACAAGAGAUGCCUAAGUUUUAAAAUUAAGAGACAAAAUUUUCUUGGGAUUGCUAAAACUGUCGGAAUCGCUGAAAUAUGGUUACGUGAUCUCAUAGAUCUCGAGGAAAAAAACAUAGAACUUCCUAUAUAUGAAAAAAGCUUGACUGCACAUCAAAAAUUACUAGCCCAACAAGGGGACAUAAGUGUCUCAAACCAACUACAACGAGGAUCACCAAAAAUCAAGGGAUACCUACAAUUCACCAUAAAAUUACUACCAGGUCUCUCGCCCCUACACGAAAAAAUGCUCCGACGCACUCUAACAGGCGCUAGUGCCAAAGUACUCGAGCACAAUCCCGCGCAUGAUAUCGAUCUUAUUCAGGAAAUUACGAAUUCUAAUUGUAGAUUCGAUCCGGACCUCGUGUCUGAACGUCGGUACAUCUCCGAAACUGCAGUUACUGAGGACCGGCGAAUCAACCAGUUUUAUGAGAGCCAAACUAUACGUAGAAUUCAAUGGAUUAAUGAUCUUGUUCGUGCACGGUUGUCGCAUUUGAUCGGGCGUCAUGAGUGGAGCGAAGAUCUACAAGUUGUUGAAAGGGAAGCUUGA